UUACCCAAGGAAUAAACAAACAAAGUACACAAAUACGCGCUUUAAUCCACAAAGAUAUUUGAAAAAGACUUCUUACCUCACAGCAUUACUGAUCUCGUUGGCAAAGAAUACAAUAAAGCGAUCAGAAAGGAUCCAACGCAAAGACAGAAUCUAUGUUUGUACAAACGUUGUUGUGUCUGUAAAGAACAAUGUUUUCAAAGGGUGGAAAACACAGAAGUAAAGACAGUCGGCAAUUAUGUAUAACACAUUUAACAUUUAGAAACAGGAACUAGCCAAAGUAGCAAUUGUUACAGAGAAGUUGUUAAUUAUAGUUAUCAAGAGUGGGUUAUCUUUGAAAUUCGCAAGUGGGUUAUACAUUUACAUAUCAUAGCUUUCCGAUUUACGCACAAAGAUAAACAUAUCUUUCGCACUUUUAAUAUGCGGAAAAUUCACUUUAACUGAGAAGUUUUUUAAUUGCAGGUUAACCGAUGAUUGAAGGACAGCCAAUCGAAACUUUUCAGUGGGUAGAAGUUGUUGAAGAGCGACAUUAACCGCUCAAUCAAAGAAGGCACUUUACAAGUAUACCAAUCCUGCAUUUAUUGCAAUAAUUUCACGGGUCAAAUCAGCUGGCUUGAACCCGAAAGCUAGUAAACCGCAACAACACAAACUGCCGCUAAAUGGAGUGAUUUUGUCUUCCUACAACUGCAAAACGUUAUAAUCUCAUCAUGGGCGAGAAGAAUUUCACGAGCGCCCCUACUAAUGCAAGUGGCAACUUUAUCGAGCCAUCUUACUUACGCUGGACACUUCGUUUGAUAUUUAUCGUCGUGUUCAUCGUAGGAAUCAUCGGUAACUCUGUGGUUUGUGUGGCUGUGAUCCGUCGUAAGCGAAUGCGGACGAGCAAUAACAUUUUUACAUUCAAUCUGGCUCUAUGUGACUUACUAAACGUAGUGAUCUUUUUACCGACCCAAAUGGCAGCGUUUGAAAACAACCAGAACUGGGCUACAGGAAAUUUCAUGUGUCAUUUUACCUACAUACUGGUUCCGCUCUGUUUAUCAGCUUCAAUCGGGACACUCCUCGCCAUAACAAGCGACCGGUACAGAGCAAUUGCUUAUCCGAUGAAACCCAGAUUAAGCGGUAGAAAAGUCAAAAUCAUCCUGGCUGUAAUUUGGAUCACCUCUUUUGUAAUCUGUUCUCCACUUCUAUAUGUGGCUGGGAUAGUAAGACCUGGGCCUGGUAAAGUUUACUGCGAUGAGACUUGGCCGGAUCCUCUUUAUUCCGAGCUCUACUGGAAUUUCAUUUUUGUGAUUCAAUACAUCUUACCUCUGGCCAUUAUUGUAGUGUUAGCAGUGCUAAUCGCGGUUAAGAUUCGCAAGAACAACACAAUGAAGAUGCUUCCUAAAAGCUCUCAAGUGAUAGCAGCUGCAGUCAGGCAGAGAAUGAAACAGACUUCAAAGAUAACCAACAUGUUGGUCGCCCUUGUGAUACUCUACGCAAUCUGUAUGCUUCCUCAACAUGUUGUGUUCUUGUGGUCUAAAUACGGUGACUUGUGGAACUCCAAGUACUUUGUAUACGUUUUGCGAUUUUCAAACGUUUUCCCAAUGGCAAAUAGCGCAUUCAAUCCUAUUGCGUACGGAACGCUAAAUAAAGAGUUUAAGAACGUCUUUAAAAGUUUCUUUCACUGUGAGUACGGGCAAAAAACGGAUGCGGGUGUUUAUAAAAUAAAUCCUAAUGCAAUGAACAAAAUCCGCAGUGGUAAGUUCCGAUUAGCGGUGUAUAAACACACCAAUGGCAAUGGAAACGCUAGUGGUGAUGGGAAGAGUGGGUGCCGAAAACCAGGUCCUAUUUCCAUUGAGUCUACGGCGACAAAUAAAAAACUUCAAGGAAGAAGUGCGUCGGAGGAUGAUGGCAAAGAAAUGAAAAAGACACGCAUUUCUAAUGGUUAUACCAGGACAUUGCUCGAAUGUGAUCACAAUUGGAAUGAAAACAAAGACGAAAGACAAAAUGUUUUUCAGAGAGAGACAAUAGUGGACCGUUCAAAUAUGUCACGUUCACGAUCAUCCCUAACUAACAUGAAAUGGAAAGAAGAAAGACAAAUGCUGCUUGAUAGCGCGAUGGGAUUUGAAAUUGACAGAAAUGAACGCGUGUUUGUCAACGAUUCCGAUGAGAAAAACUUACAAACAGGCAUGAAAAUUGCUGCAGAGGAGAAUACAACUCAUUUUGAUGCUAAUGUGUGUGCGGGUAGUGUGUUCGACACGAAGAAACUGCAUUUAAAGGAAAAUCUAGAGACUCAGUUGCCCAUAUUGACACCUGAUGACGUUGAGAAUGACUCAUUUAUGAACUGUUGGGUUGAAGUGAACAAAAUAGACCAAAAACUUCUCUCUUACAUAAGUUCUUUACAAGAAACUGAUCUCUAGAAUUAUUGAUCCAGACAAAAUUUCAUUUCUUUCCCAGUUUCAUUUCGCUUAUUAAAUUGCAGUUCAAGUCUGCUCCUAUAGAGGAAACUAAUAACAGGUUUAGCCUUGUGUAAACAAAGAGUGCCAAAUCCACGAUACUAUUGACUGAAAAAUGCAAAGGUUCACUUUUGAAUUGUAAAUAAAUUAAACUUUUUAUAAUCAAGCUGAACACAAAGCAACCCGCAAAAGGACCACGCGAAUAGAAAUGUUGCUCUGUUCAAUUAUUUGGAUUAGUUUAACAAGGAAUGCAAAUUCAGAUAAGAAUUAUGUCUCGGGAGUCCAGCAUCCAUCGAACACUGCUCUCUUUAAAAAGUUUGGCUCUGGUUUAAGUCUAAUCAAAUAAUUACAUGGCAUUUGAGA